UAAUAAUCAACAAAACACAAUGGAUAGUUUUACUACGUCUCUUGGAUCGCCAGCUGGGGAUGGGAUCCGCAGCGAGUCUACGCCGAAGUCGAUAUUAAAGAAGAAUUCCAAAACCGGCUUGAAGAGCAAAGUGUUAUUUUCACCCACCAAAGAAGUCAAGAACUUCAAAGACUACUUUGAUUCGACUGAUGAUGAGAUCAUGAACGAUUCCAUCCAAUUGAACCUCAACCGCCGCCGAGUCUCCAGGAGAGGUAGCCAUGAGGAUAUUACCACCGCCGUGUUGGAUAAAGAUGACGAAAAUCUCAUUCACAGAAUCCUAACUGAUUCCAAUAUACCCUAUGUUCUAUCAUUAUACUUGCAGUUACUCUUUAACAUUUUGAUUGUGGGUCUCAUCGCAUACUUUGUUGUCAUCUUCAUCACCACCAUACGAUCCGACAUCAACAACAAGCUUGAAUUGUAUAUCACCGACAGUUUGCAAGAAAUCUCCAAGUGCUCCAGAGAGUACUACCGAAACCGUUGUAAUGAUGACAAGGUCCCACCAGUCCUCGAAAACCAGUGCACCAGCUGGCUCAAAUGCAUGAAUCGAGAUCCACAGCUAAUUGGGAAGUCCAGAAUAACCGCAGAAACAUUGGCUGAUAUUCUCAAUGGGUUUGUCAAACCCAUCAGCUGGAAAGCCAUGUUCUUCCUUCUAAUAGCCAUCUUUGGGUCUUUGGUUAUCACCAAUGUGGCGUUCAAUACCUACAGAAAGUCGACCAACGUCAAGCUAGAUCAGUUGGAGUCAACUAUAAAGAAGCAGAAUCACCUUAUAGAUGUGCUCAAAAGUGAAUCACGGUCGGGAAACUACCUCGAACCCCAAGAUUUAUCUAUUUCAUCGCCGCUCCAAAACAGAAACUAUUCUUGAUAUGGCAACCAAGAAAAAAAAAUAGGCAUCGUUACCCAUAGCCGGGAAGGCUGGGUUUCUCAUGUGUAGUAUAUACAGUAGAUGGAGAUAUCGGGAUUUUUUUGACUUUGCCAAUGGCUAGAUGCCAAUUUAAAAGAUCUGCAUACUGUCGUAAGUUAGCCAAUUAACAAAGGGUCAGUGCAAAAAGCCAAGGUUGUCAGCCGCAAAUAAAAAACUGCUUCUCUCGCUUUUUGUGAAAAUUGCAUAUAUUGUAGAAUCAGGUUUGAGAACAGUAGUGGGCCUAGGUGGCACACUCACUACAGUCGAUCACAUGUCUCAUGAAAGGGGUGUGGAGUGAUUAUGAUGUUUAAGUCUAUUGAGAAAGCUUAAUUGGGAAAUUUUUGCACAUUGGCUGAAACAUAUUGUAAAGCCGAAUGUGGAAUAUUAAUUAAGAAAUGUUCCAAAUCUAAACAGCAUUAACGCCUUAUAUGUAAGAACUCACACUCUGCGGCUCUGGCCCGUACAUAAUCGAAUAGCUAUGCGUUUUUUUAGUCUGAGAUAUAUAAAUCUUCUAUCCUCUU